AUGCGGAGAGACUUGAAAAAGCAGUACAAGCACCAGAAUGUUCCACAGAUACCCCGCAUUCAAGUCCCCGCAGUGGCUGCUGACAAUUCAUUACUGAAGGACCUAAAUCAAGGGCAGCGGCGCUACUUGUACAGCAUCAUGAGGAUUUAUGACUCCAGGCCCCAGUGGAAGGCCCUGCAGACCCGUUACAUUCACAGCCUCGGGUACCAACAGCAUCUGGGUUAUAUCACUCAACAGGAGGCCUUGUCCUGUGCUGCUAUACUUAGACAUUCAACCAUGCGAGCCUCAGCCACGGUCACUCCUCAAAGGACUAUUCUCCCCAAAGUCUUCAGCCAUGCAAAGAAGUGUCAACCAGCAAAAUCUGAAUGGAGAGUCAGAUCCAGAGCCCCACACAGCAUGUUAAGCACCAAGACCUUAGACAAUGAUGACACUGAAUACUGUGGAAGAGCUAAGAACGAGUCGGGGGUACCAGGGCAGCAGCAGCCCUGGGCCGAAGGGAAAAGGGCAGGGGUGGUGGUGGUGGUGGUGGUGAAGCCAGCUGGAGUGUCCGGCCAGGCGAGAGUGUCCUUGGUCUGCUCUGGCAGCUGCUGGGGGCUGGCCUUGCUCAUCUACUGGAUAUUUAUUGGUGCUGGGAACCGAGUCGCUCUGUGGUUGUUGCUGAAGUCUUUAUAUGGAAAGAGAUGCCCCCAUGUGGCUUCCUGCUGCUCCUGGCCUUAUUUGUUUGGAGAGUCCUGGCUGCCGGGUGUGAGGCUGCCCUUUGAGAUCCUUUACCUCAAAGCCUUCAUCCCCAUCUUGGCAGUGGAAGAAUAA